AUGUUCUUCUCUGGAGUGGCUACUUGCCUUAUGGGCAUCACGCGCGUCAACUUCCUGGAUGCAGGGUAUCCUUCUCUGGUUAAGCCGACAGCCUAUGGAAAUGCGCUUGGUGUACUACUUGUGGCAUAUUGCGGCUUCGUUGUCUACCUGGUCAUUCGGCAGGGCUUUAGUCGGACUGAAAUUGUCGAAGUCGAGUAUUAA